AUGUUUGCCAAACCAAGACCGAAGAAACUUCUUCUUCCCCAUCCCAGCAAAAAGAGAAAAUUUACCUCCGCUGUUGAAGAAGUCACAUUCGACAAUGCCGCCCGUCACGAGUAUCUGACCGGAUUCCACAAGCGCAAGCAAGAGCGCAUCAAACGUGCACAGGAAGAAGCGGCUAGAAGGGAGCGGUUGGAGAAAAUUGAAACCAGGAAACAGGUACGAGAGGAGCGGAAAAAGGAAGUCGAAGAUCAUGUCAACAUGGUGAAUAAGCUUUUACGAGAAUCGGGCGCGGCGGGCGCAGUGGAAGACGGAGACGAUUCAGAGGAUGACGAAGAGGAUGGAUGGGGAGGGUUCCCAGAUCGACCAAACCUGGACAUAGUCGACCACGAAGAGGAGUACAUUGACGAGGAUCGGUAUACCACAGUCACAGUCGAGUCUGUAUCCGUGUCGAGAGAUGGGCUUGAAAAGCCAGUGUUAAAUGAACCUACAAAGGAGGGCGAACCGGAGGAAAAAGUCGAAUCGAAAACAGAAACCAAGCAACCUGCAAAGAAGAAGAAGCCCAAGUUUCGCUAUGAGACUAAAUUCGACAGACAGCUUUCGGAACGGAAACAUCGGGCUAAGAAAGCAAAGAGGUAG